CGCUCGCGGAGCGGUUUAUUCGUCUGCCCAUCGCCGACGAAACCACACGCAUCACCCAAAAGGGAACGCGACCCGCGCGACUACAAGUUUUGUGAAUUAAAAAAGAAAGUUUCUCACCUUUGAAUGAACUCACCGUAAUCAGAAUGUCUACUAUCCUCGAUGUUUGCGGUCCUCUCUCCCCGCCGUCAACGCCGCCGUUGAUGGACUUAAAAGUCGAGUUGCCGCUGAAGAAAGCCGCAGUCAAACGAGCCCGGGAGUCUCCCCCGGCCGGGCUCGUCACCCCGCAGCCCUCGGACUCGGAGGGCGAGGAUGAGUGCGGCAAGCGCGCCCGCUGCGAGCUGGCUCGGCUGCUGCUCACUACACCGCCGCCGGAGCCCUGCCCCGUCUCCUCCCGCCCCUCUGUCAUAAUGAGAGCUCACAAGGACGGCACGUGCAGUCCUGAACCUCUACCCCCGCCCCCCGAACACAUGAACAUGCUAAGAACGCUAAAAUUCAAAAUGAACCGGGGCCAUAGUUACUCGCAAAAGAAAUAUAGUGCGAGCCAAACGCAAAGUCCGCCCGCGCCUCCGACGCCCAGCCCAGAAUCGCCUCCUGCGAUAAUAGAGGAGGCGCGGGUGCCAUCGCCGCACCCGGAGCAGAAGGAGGAGCGCGUGCUGCAGAUACCGGCGGCCGCGGCCACGCCCGGCUGGGUGCCGCUGGCGCCGCGGCCCGCGCCCGCCGUGCUCGUGCCCGGCGCCAUCCUGCCCACGGCGGCCGUGUGGCUGGUGACGCCCGCACCGGCCGCUCGCCGCCGCCUCUACGAGUGCUCGUACCCGGGCUGCGGCAAGAACUACUUCAAGUCGUCCCACCUGAAGGCGCACGCGCGCACGCACACGGGCGAGCGGCCGUUCCGCUGCGCGUGGCCGGGCUGCGAGCGCCGCUUCUCGCGCUCGGACGAGCUGUCGCGGCACAAGCGCACGCACACGGGCGAGAAGAAGUUCGGGUGCCGCGUGUGCAGCCGCCGCUUCAUGCGCUCCGACCACCUCGCCAAGCACGUGAAGCGGCACGCCAAGGAGCGCGCGCCGGCGCCGCCCGUGCUGCGGCUGCUGCCCUCGCCGCCGCUGCCGGCCGCCGCGCACUGACCGACUGUGAUAUAGAUCUCGCGAUCUCUAGCUGUAGUACUCUUAAGACUGUCCUAUCUACUACUUAAUAGUUAAGUUACGUCGUCGUAAGCUUCAAAAUAUACGAGUUGAAAGUUA